AUGAUGAAGCCUUCGGUCUUACUUGCGACAUUUGUGUGGAUGAACAGUGUCGUUGCAACUGUGCAAGCUGACACCUUCACCAUCCAGAUGACGUCUGGGUUUAGUUCGAGGGGUGUUCGUAUCCUCACAAGACCCCUUUCUGGAUAUGUGGCCGAUGUCGAUAAUCCAAUGGCUUGGAACAUGGCAACUGCUGAUCUUUAUUGCCCAAUCUUUGACCCGAACGUCAUUCCCGUUCCUCCUAUUGACCAACCAGAGAAUUGGGGAAGAAAAGGUUUUCUCAGUGGCUUCAAAAUCAUCCCCGAGCAACAAGGAUUGACGCUUACAUCCGUUGUGAAUGUAGAUUACGUUAGUGAUGGACAACCUUUCACCGCAACAUCAGAUCCCCGAAGUAGUGUACCACUGCCAAACGGAGUAGAGAUGAACUCUUACAUGGUUCAGGCUUUGAAUAUCCAUGAUUCGGGCGGCACUUUUUCGACCUCGAGAUACUUUGUUGAUUUUCCAAACCAAGAAAUUGUUGGUGUGGCAUACUCGGAUCAUAUUCGUAUUUCAAACCCAGUCUUCGGGUUGAAUGGGGGCAAUGCUUACAGUGGACAAUCCACAACAAAUGGACUCACCCUUUCGGUCAACGAGUGGUUUAAGGUGAACGUAGACUCGGUGCCUACCGAUUCUUGUCCAGAGGCUCAACCUCGCAUUUCUUCUGCUGUCGGAGCCAAUGGCCAAACCGUCACAUUGAGUAUCGCAGCAGAAUUCAAUCUACGUCAAGCCCGCAUUAUCACCAAGCCACGGCCUGGAUAUUCAGCAGCAACUGACAUUCCAAAGGUUUGGUCCUUGUCUGCUCCUGGAAUCUGUCCAAUCUUUGAGACAGACGCACUCUUGUCAACGCCCAUGCUGAACAAAUUUAAUAUAGGACGAAAAGACUAUUUGGAUGGAUUCAAGAUCUGGCCGGAAGCUCAGGAUGUUACCAUUAGCUCCGACGUUUACAUUGACAUGUGGCAUGAUAGUGAUCGAUGUCAUGUGAUCAAGUAUCAAGAUUCCACGAAAUUCGCGCUGCCAUACGGAGAGACCUACAACGCUUACAUGGCACAGGCUUUUCCAGCUUCAAAUGAAUAUUCUGUCUACCAGAAUAUUGUCCAAUUCCCAAACCAAGAUGUUAUUGGAAUUGUCUUUACUACUGAUACUUCCAAGACUCUGAGCCUGUUGAGACCAACUGAUAGCGUUUUCGAAGUUGGGACCCUAUAUGAAGGCAACAACCAGUUUGAACCUGGAUUCAGUCCCACGAACAUUGGUAUGGUUCUGGGAGGUGACGCAUGGUUUAAGAUCAACUGCGACGAAGCACCGGAUGAAGACACCAGCUGUGUCGAAUCCCAAGUGCCACCGCCACUCACGCGAGUGGGAGAGAGGGUCUCUGUAAAAAUGGCUGUUGGGACUGGCCCAAAGCAAGUGCGCAUUCUCACAAGAAGGAAGCCAGGAUUUCUUGCACCUAUUCCUCCGCCAAUUGCCCUGAACAAUUCAUCUGGAACUAUGACUGUGGAUCCCAAUGCCUUUGUUGCGCCACCGGCCGAAUGCUGUGCGAGGGCUGAACUUGAUGGGUUCUUUGUUUGGCCUGAAAAGCAAGACUUUAGUAUUCCUUUUGAUGGUGUUUAUGCUGACAUUCUGAGCACAAACGAUCGUUGCAUCUACAGAACAAAUGACGAUGAAACUCGCUACGAGAUUGCCCAAGGCGUUGGAUACAGUUCGUACAUGAUUCAAGGGUACGCCACGGUGUCUACGGAUUACAGUUACAGUGUCGAGUUUCCCAACCAGGAGGUAGUUGGUGUGUUCUACACUACUCCGGAUAACACUCAGGACCUACUGGUGGUCUACGACGAUUUCUUCAAUGAUGCAAUGAAUACAUAUGAUUUUUCAUUCCGGAGCUCUUCAAGCAGAGGGAUUGAUUUGCCAGGGGGCGAUUGGAUUACAAUCAAUUGUGAUGGACCACCACCUAGUCCCGUCGCACCAAGAGGAAGCUAUACUGUCGACAGAGGAUUCAUUGGUACCGUGGUCGAUUUGUCUGUCCAGAGUCGAAAUCCAGACGACCCUUGCGAGAUGUGUGUAGCACGAGGAUGGGGCGAUCCUCACAUCGAAACGUUUGAUGGGGUAAAGUACGACGUUCACGUCCAAGGAGAGCUAACUUUCCUCAAGUCGUUACAAAACGAUUUUGAGAUCCAGGCUCGAACGGAGAUUGUAGGGCCAGGUCAAAGUCCUGCCAUCACCACUGCUGUUGUUGUGCACGAAAACAGUAUCCACAAUCUUCCUGUUGUACAGCUGUCAAUCGCACAACCCAAUUCAAUUCAAGAUUCUGUGGAAAUUGCGACCUGCCCCGUCCAGCUGUUUGUGGACAACCAAUACAAGAAUAUAAUGGAUGGAACUGGAACGGAAGAUGCAAGUGUCCAAGUUUCAGGCCACAACGUAUACGUUGAGUACCCGCUAACUCGUUUGCGACUUGAAGUUCGGGUGCGACUAUGGAAGAAUCAUUGCCUCUUCGACGUAAAUUAUCUUUUGGCCGAUUGCCGGUGCAACGAUACUCUAGUUGGUAUCCUUGGUAGUCCAAAUGGACAGUGGAUUGACGACUGGAUGGAUACCAACGGGACCGCAGUCGCAAUUCCCAGAAACGAGACUGACAGACGACUUGGCAAGGCGUACAAUUAUUCCCAAGGAUGGUGUCUGGAAGAUGCCGGCGAUUCACACUUCACCUAUGAUGGGGAUUACGACUUUAAAUUCUUCGACAAUUGUACGUUGCCUUACGAUAACACUAUUGAGGAUGCUCUAGACGACGCCACCCCAGAAGAGAUCGCUGCGUGUACCCCCGAAGGCGAAGAUAUGCCCCUUGUCGGAUGUCUCAUCGAAGCAGUUACUUUCGGGUUAGAGGCUGUCGAAGUGUACCUGGAAAAAGAAAAGGGUGACGAUGUCAUAUCGGACUAUGCUAAUGAACCAACAAGUGGCCCCACAACAGGACCGACAUCCGUGCUAACUUCGCACCCAACAAGUGGACCUAGCUCUGCGCCAACAUUCCGGCCAACAUCUGAACCGACAAGUGAACCAACAUCUGGCCCUACUUCUGUACCCACAACUGGACCAACAUCGGGACCCACAUCCGGACCAACUUCUCCACCUACUUCUGGACCAACAUCGGGACCAACUUUUCCACCCGCCUACGGGCCUACAAGUGGGCCCACAUCGGGUCCAACGAGUGGACCUACUUCUGGACCAACAUCUGGGCCUACAACUGGCCCUACUUCUGGACCCACAUCCGGACCAACUUCUCCACCUACUUCUGGACCAACAUCGGGACCAACUUCUCCACCUACCUCCGGGCCUACGAGUCAACCUACUUCCGUACCAACCGCUGGCCCCACAAGUGGGCCAACAUCUGGCCCCACAUCAGGUCCAACGAGUGGACCAACGUCUGGUCCUACAUCCGGCCCUACCUCGUCUCCAGUUGCAAAAGACGAUAAGCCAGAAACCGAGGUGAAUGGUGAUCCACACUUCAAGACAUGGAAGAAUGAGCACUUUGAAUUCCACGGACAGUGCGAUAUUGUCAUGAUUUCUGACAAGGACUUUUCCAACGGCCUUGGUAUUGAUAUUCAUAUCCGCACCAAGAUUGUUCGAUUCUGGAGUUACAUUGAAAAGGCUGUCGUUCGCAUUGGCAAUGACAUUCUUGAAAUCGAAGGACUGCCCGAUUUCUCUGCCAGCUAUUGGAUUAACUACGAACACAUGGGCGAAUUGACCGAUUUAUCUGGCUUCCCUGUAUCCCUCAACCAUAACUCCGAUCGCUACACAAUUGAUUUGGGUAGUCUGUACCCGGGAGAAGAGAUUCAAAUCAAAACCUUCAAGGAAUUUGUUGGAGUGAAGAUUAUUGGCGCCUCUGAGACUUCUUUUGGAAAGUCUAUAGGUAUCACUGGAGACUUCCGCACUGGCAACACGUAUGCUCGCGAUGGAAGCACUGUAUUGCACGACUUUACCGAACUUGGAAACGAAUGGCAAGUCCUGCCUUCUGAUGGACACUUCUUCCAUGCUGCAUCUCGGCCACAGUUCCCAGAGAAGUGCUUGGUCCCAGAAAAUCCACAGGGACGACGCAAGCGUCGGUUGGAUGAGAAUACUGUCUCCGAAGUACAAGCUGGAGCCGCUUGUGCUAGACUUGAAGAUGAGUUUAGCCGCAAGGGUUGCGUGUACGAUAUCUUGGCCACUCAAGAUUUGGAUAUGGUCGGCGCUUAUUAG